CUGUCUUUCCCUAAGACCCAAGACUUUCUUUUGCUCUGUUUUCACAAAAACGCAAAGUUUGAAUCUUUGAAAAUCGUACGGAACCAUGAUGAACGGCGGUCGGCACCAAAACAAAUUCGCAUGGAAGCCCAACCUCGGCGUCAAAAUCAACGAAACCGAGGUCGGAGGCCGGUUCCAGCCGCUGUCGGAAAUCACGGGGGUCUGCCAACGCUGCAAGGAACAGAUCGAGUGGAAGCGCCGUUACGGAAAGUACAAGACCCUGACGGAGCCCGCCAAGUGCCAACGCUGUACCAAACGCGCCGUCCGGCAGUCCCACCAUAAGCUCUGCCCUGCUUGCGCCAAGGAACAAGGUGUUUGCAAGUGCUGCUGCCGUGUCGAGCAAAUCGUCGGAAAAGACCUCGCGGAAGUGGAGGCUGAGCAGAAGAAGCUUCAAGAGGCGAUCAAAAAUGCAAGAGAAAGAGAUAGGAGGAGUCUGUUGCGUGCGAUGAAUGCUGGAAAAUCUGCGGGUGUAGCGAAAGCUGCAGGCGAGAAAGGAGGCAAAGCGGGGGACUUGUUCCCCUCCGCGUCGCUUGAAGAAUAUGCAGCGGCAACCAGAGACGAUGAUGAUGAUGUGGAGGAGGAUGGUGGAGGAGGAUGGUGAAGGUGAAGGUGAAGAAGAUGAGACGCAUGUUUGCAAUUAAAAGAGGUACUAAGUGGUAUUUCGGUAGCAAACAUGUCGGUUAGGCCAGUUGGUUACGAUCGUGUAGUGUGCCCAUCUUUUGCACGCAGGUUCGAAAUGGCGUGCUAAUCUUUGUACCAUCAGUGACAAAUUGGGCAAUGAUAUUCUCAUUUCUUCAACACAGUUGUAGAAGGUCUUGGAGAAGUUAAAUGAUCAACGUCUUUUCCUUUUCGUAUUUCUUUCUUUGUUUUAGUAGUCGACACGUAAUUUUCGCCACAGUAACCUUGAAAUUUUGUUUGAUUUUAUUUAUCAAUGAAGUGGCUCUUGUUAAUAUCAUCACAGAUCAAGAUUCAUUGCUUUUGGAGGAUCGAAAACUCAGUAGAAAAAUAAGAGAAAUCGAACUUCACUCUUCAAGUAAACAGCUUCAAGAUUGAAUGAUCCACGGCAUGUGCCCAGGUGAUUAGGAAAUAGCUCAGAAGCUUGUAGUUCAUGGUGUGAUCCAUUGCCAAGAAGAAGACUACUCUUGUCUUGUUUCGAAACAAACCACAUCCCAAAGAGGCUUCUUCAAAUGCUCAGGCCUUCGGAAACAAGCCUGGGACACUCCAACAAAUGAGUCUGAAUCAGCUGAGUUCACCAUUGACGAAGUUCUAAGCUUCAAGCCGGGGGAGAUGAGAAUCGGCCUAGACUUUAGCCCGACCAUGGGAACGUUUGCUGUAUCAUGAAGGAAAAGAACAUUACCAUUGCCUCUAGUACCUUAAACUUAAGGGCUCCUUCUAAUGAGGUAAUCGCCUAAGAGGAAGAUCGGCUCGAGGCUGCCUUUCUUCGACAAUGCCCUCGACAUUAUCCAUUCCACUUUGUUCUUGGAUGGCUGGAUCAGAGCUGAAAUCCUUCAAUUUGCGCUGUUUGAUUGGGAACUCGUCCUUCCGCUGAAGGGUCUUCUUUGGAUAGACAGAUUCUUCUGUCACAAGGCGGACAUGAAGUUGUAUAUGGAUGAGUUUAAGAGGUUAGGUUACAAGCCAUUGGUAUGGAGGGUACUCAGGGUAGCUCCCAAGACUGAUAAGCUUGGAGAUGAGCUUUUCUUUUCAGCUGUUUUGGAGAAGCCAAUCAGAGGUUAAUUAUUGUCGUUAACGAGUAAAUUUCUCAAUAUCUUCGUGUUUAAACGAGUAAUAAUUGUUGUUAUUUCAA